UGGUCUCGGCUCAGGGCGCCUCAAGGAGACUUGGGGACGCCCGAACCACUCCUUUUGAGUGCCCGGGUGCGGCUGCCAGCGCGUGAGUCUUCUGCGCUCCAUGAGGAAGAUGCUCGCCGCUGUGUCCCGCGUGUUGGCAGGUGCUGCGCAGAAGCCGACAAGCAGAGUGCUAGUAGCUUCCCGUAAUUUUGCAAAUGAUGCUACAUUUGAGAUUAAGAAAUGUGACCUUCAUCGGCUAGAAGAGGGCCCUCCAGUCACCACAGUGCUCACCAGAGAGGAUGGGCUCAAGUACUACAGGAUGAUGCAGACUGUGCGGCGAAUGGAGCUAAAGGCAGAUCAGCUAUAUAAACAGAAAAUUAUCCGUGGUUUCUGUCACUUGUGUGAUGGUCAGGAAGCCUGCUGUGUGGGCCUAGAGGCCGGCAUAAACCCCACGGACCAUCUCAUCACAGCCUAUCGAGCUCAUGGCUUUACCUUCACUCGGGGCCUGCCUGUCCGAGCAAUUCUUGCAGAGCUAACAGGACGAAGAGGAGGUUGUGCUAAAGGGAAAGGCGGAUCUAUGCACAUGUACGCCAAGAACUUCUAUGGGGGCAAUGGCAUCGUUGGAGCUCAGGUGCCCCUAGGAGCAGGGAUUGCUCUGGCCUGCAAAUACAAUGGAAAAGAUGAGGUCUGUUUGACAUUAUAUGGUGAUGGCGCUGCUAAUCAGGGUCAAAUAUUUGAAGCUUACAAUAUGGCAGCAUUGUGGAAACUACCUUGUAUUUUCAUCUGUGAGAAUAACCGCUAUGGCAUGGGGACAUCUGUCGAGAGAGCAGCGGCCAGCACAGAUUACUACAAAAGAGGAGAUUUUAUUCCUGGACUGAGGGUAGAUGGAAUGGAUAUCUUGUGUGUCCGAGAGGCAACAAAGUUUGCAGCUGCAUAUUGUAGGUCUGGUAAGGGGCCCAUCCUGAUGGAGCUACAGACUUACCGUUACCAUGGACAUAGUAUGAGUGACCCUGGAGUCAGUUAUCGCACUCGAGAAGAAAUCCAGGAAGUAAGAAGUAAGAGCGACCCUAUUAUGCUUCUCAAGGAUAGAAUGGUGAACAGCAAUCUUGCAAGUGUUGAAGAAUUAAAGGAGAUUGAUGUGGAAGUGAGGAAAGAAAUCGAAGAUGCUGCCCAGUUUGCUACAGCUGAUCCAGAGCCACCCUUGGAGGAACUAGGCUAUCACAUCUACAGUAGUGAUCCUCCCUUUGAAGUGCGUGGUGCCAACCAAUGGAUCAAGUUUAAGUCAGUCAGUUAAUGGGAAACUGAAAUGAAUGGGGGUUCAUCAUCCACUGUAAGAACUCUGUGCUUUCAACUUUAAGGACAGGAAAUACCCAGACAAGUCUUGAAGACAUGUAAAUUAAGGAAGAGUAAGUUGCAUGCAGUUUAUAUGUUGUAUGCAGUGUAUCCAUGUGAAUAAGAGUGUAAUGAAUUUGUAUAGGAUUUGAAAUGGAUAAUGGAGUGUUUAUACCUUUCCCUCAUCAUAUCCUACCACAGAUAUGUCCUGGUGGCAUGCUGGAAUUAAUACAAUGCACAGGUAGAAGAGUAGCGGCCACCCUGCAUUGUGGAGGCUGUCAUCUUUUAGCACUGACCAUCAUGUCUCCGUGAUCAAAGGCUAUUAUAUAAUCAGGCAUUUCAAAGAUAAUUUAAUUUUCUCCUUUUAGACAUUUAAUAAACAUGAACUUGUACUCUCAUUGCAAGGCACACUGUUUUUACCUUUCACAUUUAAGAAUUAUGCUUUAUCUUUCCAGCAGUUACUAUAAGGUAUGCUGGCUUUUUAAAUUAAGUACAGUCCUAAGAAUUCAAUAUACUAGAUCAUGGUUGAUGUUACAAGGAUGGUCUAAAAUUAUACAUGCUGGAAUUUCGAUGUAAAGGCAGGAUUUGUGUGUACACGAACAGAAGCUUUGACCAUAAGCAGGUGGUAGGGUAUUUGCUUAUUCUUGCGAGCUUGGCUCAGUGUGAGGACUCCUGCAUUUGUCUUCUGUGCUGGGAGACUGCAUGCCAGAGCCUACAGAGGACACCACCGCUGCAAAAUAGUUUUCAUAAGAAAACAAAUUUGAAAACAGCCACCUCACAAAUAGGAGAAGCAAGCAUUCAAUCUACAGGAUUACAUUUGCCAGAUAAAUACUCUUUCAAAAUAUAAUCUAACUUAUUAAAAGUGUGUUUUCUUUGUCUGAACCUGGUGCCAUAGGAGUGUUGGUGGCUCUGUGUAGAGGUGUGGGCAUUUAAACAAGAGUGGAAGAUAAUUUAAGAUCAGAGGAAGGUACCACCAUUUUGUUUUUCUACUUCACUAAGACCUUCCAAGACUCAAACUAUUUGGAAGCUCUUACCGUAAUCUAAGGCACCUUAGGUCUUCCUUAGUAAUGUCAUUGAGAAUAUCAGAAAGUGUAUAAUCUUCUUCAACAAUCUGAAACAAUGAUUCAGUUUAUGAGAUAAGCAGCUUUUCAACAAUAUCAUAGGAAUAUUUGAUUUAGAAAUUUACCUUUUCUAUUGUAUUUGCAUCCACUCCUUGUAGUUGCAACCAGUCUAUAAGCUCUCUGUCUGUUCCCAGUUCAUCAGGGGGUGCUGGAUUCUCUGUACCACCUAUAAUGAUUCCAAUUUUGUUUUAUUGUAUAGUAAUGUAUAACCAUAAACUACUUCGAAAGUAACAAAGUGGAUGUAAUGACAAAUCCAAACAGAAUGUAAAUGUGAUGUGAAAAGGAAAUAAACUUUUCUGACUCAGCUACUU